CCCCCGCGACCGGAAGUCCCGUUCCGAGAGGAGGCCGAGGACAGCGGAGAGGCCGAGGCGGGCGCUGGGUGGCGGACAUUUCCCAUGGAUGAGCUGGUGCAUGACUUGGCCUCGGCCUUGGAGCAGACCUCAGAACAAAACAAGCUGGAUGAGCUGUGGGAAGAGAUGGCCCUGAGCCCACGGCAGCAGCGACGGCAGCUUCGCAAGAGGAGGGGUCGUAAGCGGCGCUCAGACUUCACACACCAGACAGAGCAUGCCUGCUGCUACAGUGAGGCUUCAGAAUCAAGCCUGGAUGAAGCCAUGAAGGACUGUCGUGAGGUGUUGACUGCCAACUUCAGUGACUCAGAUGACAUGGCUGUGGCCAAACGCCACCCUGCUCUGAGUGCCACCCUAAAGAGCAAGCAGCAUUCUUGGCAUGAGUCGGACUCCUUCACAGAAAAUGGACCCUGCCGACCCCUCAGGCGCCGCCGGAAGGUGAAACGUGUGACCUCAGAGGUAGCUGCUAGCCUCCAGCAGAAACUCAAGGUGUCGGAGUGGAACUAUGAGAGGGGCUAUAGGUUCAAGUCAGCCAAGAAGCAGCGUCUGUCACGUUGGAAGGAGAAUGCCCCUUGGACUUCAUCCAGCCAUGGCCUGUGUGAGACAGCAGAGAACAGGCCCUUCCUUAGUAAAGGUGGGAGGAAGGAGAGGAUGGAGUGUGAAGCGGAUGAACAAAAACAGGGUUCUGAUGAAAACAUGUCUGAAUGUGAAACCAGCAGUGUAUGCAGCAGCAGUGACACUGGCCUCUUCACCAAUGACGAAGGCCGUCAAGGGGAUGAUGAGCAGAGUGAUUGGUUCUAUGAGGGAGAAUGUGUCCCAGGAUUCACCGUCCCCAACCUACUGCCCAAGUGGGGAGCUGAUCACCGGUCUGAGGUGGAGCGAAUGGACUCUGGCCUGGAAAAACUCUCUGACUCUACGUUCCUAUUGCCCUCCCGGCCUGCUCAAAGGGGGUUUCAUGCUCGUCUGAACCGCCUUCCAGGAGCUGCUGCCCGCUGUCUCAGAAAGGGACGUAGGAGACUCAUUGGCAAGGAGACCAGCUUGAGCACUCUGGGCAGUGAGAGGAUGGGUCACAUCGUUAGUGACCCACGUCAAAAAGAAAAGAACAAAGUGCUGGCUUCCGAUUUCCACCACAUUGUGGCCUGUGCACAUGAGUUCAAUCCGUUAUCUCCUUUGUACUCUCUGGAUGUUCUUGCUGAUGCCUCCCACAGAAGAUGCUCACCAGCACACUGCACUGCCAGACAGACAAAUAUACACCUGGGACCGCCCUGCUCAAGGGAUAUCAAGAGGAAACGAAAGCCAGCAGCAGCUGCAGCCUCUCUUUCCAGCCCUACUUCAGCAGCUUUACCUGUCCACGUGGAUGCAGCAGACUCAUCCCUGCCAGCGACACAGUCCCAGAGGUCCCAGAGCUCUGACUGGACAGGCAGAACCCAGGCAGCAGAGAAAUCCACAGCUGCUUCCCCAGCUAACUUCUUUAAAACACCACAAGAGAAGGGCUCUGGAUACAGCUAGAUGGAGGUGUCUCUACUUGGAGCUGGUUGCAUUUAUGAAAUGUUGGACUUCGAAGUACAUCAGCACUGAACGUCUCAUUUGGCAAUAACCAUCUCAUCAGUGUUGGUGCGUGAUGCUCACCGUCCUCCAGACUGAGCUGUGUGCCCCACACAUCCCCAGAUCAUAUUUGUGAAUCUGUGUAAAAAGUAACUGGUGAUGUUGGGGCUGCAGCUUUUUUAAAGCAUUCCUGCUAUUGCUGUGAGUACUUAUUAUGCACUCAUCUCCUGUCCCAGCACCUGUUAUCUGCUGGAAUGUGUACAGAGCCUUGUGGGUUUGCAGGUGUUGGUCUUUGUUAUGAAGCUGGUCACCACUUGGGCAUAUUGUUUGUUGCAAAGGGUUGAAUAUAACAGGAGAAAGUCCUACUGUGGCUCUGCAGAGGCAAGAAUCUGUCUUUGGCAAGCGUAAGGACAGAAACAAAGGCCAGCGUAGGAUCCCUGGUCUGCGGAGGAGGAGGGGAACAGCGAGUGCAAACAAGGUUUGAAAUGUGGGACUUGAAUUCUGUAUUAGCAAAACGCCUAUAGGUUUCUCACUAUGGGACUUGGCAGCCAAGAUGUUUCUAAUGAAACAAAUGUGGUGCUUGUCCUGGCAGGAAUUGCCAGUGGCUCACUAUCAGCAUGGUCCUUCAGCGCUUUUUGUCCUUCCUUGUUUGAAGUGUCUUUAGUCUUGCCCUGUGAAUUGCAGUAUUCUUUCCUUAUUCCUCAUCCUCUCCAUUUGUCCUGCUGGACAAGGGGUUGGCAGAACUAAUUAGACAAAAAUGCGCAGACUGGAGUUAUGAGAGGAAGCUUGGAUCAAGUUGCCCUAAAACAGGGGUAGGCAACCUAUGGCACGUGUGGCAAGCUGAUUUUCAGUGGCACUCACACUGCCCAGGUCCUGGCCACCGGCCCGGGGGG